AUGUCUGAUGACGAAACCACGUGUGUGGAGCCUUCGGAGGGGACGGCGUCAUCUCUUACAACGGAACAACAACAUUUAAAAUCAUUUAUACUGAAUUUGGAAAGUUUGCCUGAAAUAUGGGACUCUUCAAGAAAUGAUUAUCUAAAUAAAUUGAAAAGAACUCACGCUUACGAAAAAUUGGUGCUGAUCUACAAAAAAAUUAAGCCGAAUGCAGCAGUUGACGACGUAAGGAAAAAAUAA